UGCCUUGAUUAACUGAUGCUGUUCUCCAAGGUGACAUAGUGGAGGACUUCUGCAUAAUAUGGUACAUGAUGGACUUGUUCACACAGCUAAGAUAAGAACUACAGCAGGAUGAUAGGGAUUCAAACACAAAGUCCUUUGUAAGGUAAUCACUGCACUGACUACUGGCCUUCACUAGAUGAGUAUGAUCUCUUUCUAGUGGCUAAUUUCCCAUGUCCCCCUUUGUUGCUUUUUCUGUUCUGAGAUUUUUGCACUGACUGGUGUGCUCAAUGAGCAAUGCAGAAACUAAAAUGUGCAGGGAGGAGUUACUGGAAACACCUCUGGGGAUUUUCUGUGUUGACUGAAGUCUUCAGGCAGCUGCACGGACAGAGCGAGUGCAUUUCUGGGAUGGGGGAAGGACAGGCGUUCACACUACUUUGUUCAAUGCUUCCCAGCUGCUCCAGAAAAGAACCCAAGAAGGCAUUGGAAUGCAAGAUGAGUUGCAGGAAUCUUCAUCAUAUGACCUGGCGAGGCUGACCAGCAUAUGCUGGAUGAAUGGCAGCUCUGAGCCCUAGCAUGCCUAAACGACACGUGAUCUGGGAAACAGACGAACUCGUGGCCUACCUGCACACCUUCCCUUGGACCCCCGGGGCCACCAUCCUGACUCAGAAGUCUCCCACUGGGCCCUGCAGCAUCUUUCAGCUGGCCGAGCCCGAGUUCUUGGGCUUGCUCCUGGGGGCACGUGCCGUGGGGCACCUUCUGUGCAAAAAGCUUGGGGUGCGGCGCUGUGCUCUUGUCUCCAGGCCCAUCGCUGGGCAGUCGGCCCAUGUCCGUAUCCUCCCGCUGCAUGGGCUGGAACCUGACUGGAGGCCUCACCUGGCGGCGGAGGAGGACUUCCAGCCACAUGACCCCGGGUACUGCAGCUCGAAGAGUGGGCCUCGCUGGAACCACACAGAACUUGAGGAAGUCAAAGCAAAGAUUCGGGCCAAGCUCCCAGACCCUGGUGCCCCACCCAGCUUUGCCUUUCUGGGGGAUCCCACUCAUGAUGGCCUGUUCUCCCGCAUCGUGCGUGGCAAGGAACAGCAGUGGCGAGUGUGGGAGGAUGACUCGCACGUGGCGUUCCUCACGCCUUUCCCCAACGCCCCCGGCCUCACGGUGCUGGUGCCUCGACAACCCCUAACCAGCGACAUCUUCCGGCUGGACGAGGACAACUACAAGGCGCUGAUCCUGGCCUCACGCAAGGUGGCCCAGCUCCUACAGGAUGGGCUGGGUGCCCAUGGGGUGGCACUCAUCUUCGAGGGCUAUGAGAUCGAUUACGCCCACGCCAAGCUCAUUCCCCUCCUCCCUCCUCCUGGCGAAGUUGUCACUGGUCCAGCGCCCUCGUUCUGCCCCAAAUACCCCGGAUACGUAACAUCGGGCGACGGACCUACUGCCAGCAAGGAGAGUCUCCUUGAAAUGCAGGUCAAAAUUAUCCAGCCCUAGUGAAGGGUUGUGUGUUUUAUAUGCCAGCUCCCCCUGCCAAUCUCCAAAGCGACUAACAUGUAAACAUGCAAGGCCAACAGAAAUUCGAAAUGGCAUCUGAGAGAAAAAACUGUUACCAGCACUGGGUCCUCGUUAUCCUGUCACUUCAAACAGUAUGGCUGUAUUUGAUCACAUCGUAUUUUUCCAUUAUCAAUAGCCUCUUCUCCAGUGCAGGUUCACAGUGGUCCCAAACCUAUCCUAGAACAGGAACUGAUGCUGGGUAGCCCCUGGGACUGUACACUAGUACAUCAUAGGGCAGCCACACACACUUAUUCAUACAGUACAGGCAGUUUUGAAGGAAUCAAAUGUCUAGACCGUGGAAGGAAACAAACAUCCGGAGGAAAUUCACACAGACAGAAAGAGAACACGCAAACUCCACACCGAGUGAGGUGGGUUCAGUCCCAGAGCCCAGAAGCUGUGAGGCACCAGUGCUACCUGCUGUGCUGUAUUUAACGUAUCAGAAAAUUAUAGUACCUACUUUAAUGGUGCAUAUCAAUAAGUUUAUCAGUGAAAGUGU